GAGAGAGAGAGAGAGAGAGAGAGAGAGAGAGGGGAGCGGAGCGGGCAUUGAAGAGCGUGUUUCAGCGAAGAAACGCACAGUUUGCAGGAGGAGAGCGGAGAGGCUGCACGUUUAUUUUCUCCUGAUCAGUUUUACGCACGCACGCCGGAGCUGCCUCCUCCAAGAGAUCUUGUGUUAUCGUUUGCGCAAGAACGGACUGCUAUCGAAACAGUGUAUUAGGAGGAUAAUCGAUGGGAAAAUAUUUUUUACUUUCCUAAUCACGUGUGCUUUUACCAAGUAAAUGCUCAGUUGGGAGAGAGAACCAGAGCGAAAGAUUUUUGGAUAUUCUAUCGAGACGAAGAGGAAACACAUUUUACUUUUUUCAGGUUUUCUUGUCGAACCUAAACGUAAUCGGCAAAUGCUUCUCAUGGUUCCUGUUUUUUUCAACCAGUGAUUUCUACUUUUUUUUGUAAUUAAUGAUUUUGUCUGUCAGCGAGGUUUUUAUUCCCACGCGCGUUGUGACUGACAGGGGACACGGUGCUGCCGACUGCGCGCACGGCGAAGGAUUUUGAGGCUUUGAAGAUGUGUUUACAGUAGAUAUUACGCUGGUAUCAGCUCAAUUUGCGCAAAUAAGUUUAACAUUGUUUUUUAAGAAGAAGCACACGUUGACAAUUCAAUUACAAACAGUAGUGUUUAACCAGGACGAUAUUCCUGGAGAGCCCGGUGAACGCAACCUGGCGUUUGUGGUGGAAGAAAUAAAGAACUGUGGAAAAGGAGAGGAAAAGAAGACUCUGGACUGCAGCGCUGUCUCCGAUAUACAGACAAAAAACCACAGAGGAGGAGAAGAGGUGUUCUUUCUCCAUAUCCGAGGGGAAAAGAUGGAUUUAUUCAUAUGGCUUUGUGGAUGUUUACUGGCGGUUGUCUUGCCUUCAGCGGUCAGAGCGGAGGAAGGAGCGUCUGAGCCAUGCGGUGGCUUUUUAGAUGCCAGCGAUGCCGGCUACAUCACCACCCCCGGCUACCCGCUGGAGUACCCACCUCACCAGAACUGUCGCUGGGUCAUCACAGCACCUGAGCCCUCACAACGCAUCGUCCUCAACUUCAACCCACACUUUGAGAUAGAGAAACUGGACUGCAGGUACGACUAUGUAGAGAUCCAUGAUGGGAACUCGGAGACGGCCGACCUACUGGGGAAGCACUGCAGCAACAUUGCCCCUGCACCAAUCAUAUCGUCCGGGCCCUCACUCCACAUCAAGUUUGUUUCGGACUACGCCCACCAGGGGGCGGGCUUUUCACUGCGCUACGAAAUCUUCAAAACCGGCUCAGACUGUUCCCGUAACUUCACCAGUCCCACGGGUCUCAUUGAGUCCCCGGGCUUCCCCGACAAAUACCCCCACAACCUGGAGUGCUCCUUCAUCAUCAUUGUCCCCUCCAGCAUGGAUGUGACCCUCACCUUCCUCACCUUUGACCUGGAGAACGACCCCCUGCCGGGCGGAGAGGGGGACUGCAAGUACGACUGGCUGGAAGUGUGGGACGGGCUCCCAGGAGUGGGCCCUCUGAUUGGUCGAUACUGCGGGACCAGGGUGCCCCCUGAGAUCCAGUCAUCUACUGGGAUUCUCUCUCUGUCCUUCCACACUGACAUGGCUGUGGCUAAAGACGGCUUCUCAGCGCGAUACAACAUGACGCACAAGGAAGUCAGUGAGACUUUCCACUGUAGUAAUGCAUUCGGUCUGGAGUCGGGAAAGAUCACAGAUGACCAGAUCACAGCCUCGUCAAGUUUCUACGAUGAACACUGGCUGCCACGACAGGCCCGGCUCAACUAUCAUGACAACGGAUGGACGCCCAAUGAAGACAGCAACAAAGAGUACAUACAGGUGGACCUCCAUACCUUAAAGGUACUUACAGGCAUCGCCACCCAGGGCGCCAUUUCAAAGGAAACUCAAAAGGCUUACCAUGUCACCACCUUCAAGCUGGAGGUCAGCACCAACGGAGAGGACUGGAUGGUCUACAGACAUGGCAAAAAUCAUAAGGUUUUCCAUGCCAACAUUGACGCCACGGAGGUGGUUCUCAAUCGGAUCCCACAGCCCGUCCUGGCCCGCUUCGUAAGAAUCCGACCUCAGACGUGGAAGAACGGCAUCGCACUGCGCUUUGAGCUGUACGGCUGUCAAAUUACGGAUGCACCCUGCUCAGAGCUGCAAGGCAUGUUGUCUGGGCUGCUACCAGACUCCCAGAUCUCUGCGUCGUCCAUGAGAGACAUCCACGGCUCCAUGGGGGCGGCCAGGCUGGUGGCCAGUCGGUCGGGCUGGUUUCCCAACCCGACACAACCAAUAGCUGGGGAAGAGUGGCUGCAGACCGAUCUCGGUGUGCCCAAGAUGGUGCGGGGCAUUAUUACUCAGGGUGCAAGAGGGCUGGAGGGCAGCACCAGCGCUGAGAACAGAGCAUUUGUCAGGAAGUACAAACUGGCGCACAGCUUGAACGGCAAAGACUGGACUUACAUCACUGACAGCAAGACAGGGUUUGCUAAGAUUUUCGAGGGGAACGGCCACUUUGAUACUCCUGAGGUGCGGAGGUUUGAUGAGAUAGUGGCCCAGUACAUCAGAGUCUUUCCAGAGAGGUGGUCCCCUGCUGGGAUCGGCAUGAGGAUGGAGGUCCUCGGCUGCGACCUGCCUGAAAUCACCACUAUACCGGACACUGUGACCCCCACCCUGCCCAGAGUGGAACAGACCACUGCUGCAAUGAGACCCGCCACCACUCCGUCCCUGUCGGCCGUGUGUGACUUUGAGCAGAGCUUGUGCGGCUGGUCGGCUGAUCCCCAGUCAGGUGUGAGCUGGUCUCUGCACACAGCCAGCAGCAGUUCCACUGGAUACGGCUCUCAUGGAACGAGGCAGGACCUGGCGCUGGGAUCAGACAAUUUCUCAGGGAACUACCUCCACCUGGAUGCAGGCGCCCACACCCAGCGCAAGCGAGCCCGGCUGCUGAGCCCUGAGGUGGGGCCGGAGCGGGGCCCGCUCUGCCUCCUCUUCUACUACCAGCUCCAGGGGGAGGCCCAGGGGAGCCUGAGGGUCCUGCUGAGGGACAGCGACCAGGAGGAGACGCUGCUGUGGGCUCAAAAGGGAGACCAGGGGCCUCACUGGAGGGAGGGCCGCACCAUCCUGCCCCAGAGCCCCAAGGAGUAUCUGGUGGCAUUCGAGGGCUUUUUCGAUCACCCGACCAGAGGCCACAUCAGAAUAGAUAACAUCCACAUGAGCAGCAGCAUCGAGCUGGAGCAGUGUACACAGCCUUUCCCCGCCUUAAAUCCGGGCAUAACCAGGGGUGCCAUGUCUGGGAUGGAGCCCACAGUAGACACAGUGGCGGUGCAGCCCGUUCCUGCCUACUGGUACUAUGUGUUGGCGGGAGGUGCUGCCCUCUUGCUGCUGGUCACUGUAACCGUGGUGGUGACACUGUGCUGCCAUCGGUACCACUGGGCGCCCAAGAAGACCAGCGCUAGUCAUCAUCAUUCAGUGAUGUACCACAACAGCCAGCAUCCAAAUCAGCCAAGUCAGCAAAACUGCUACCAGAACCAAAACCUCAGCUAUAAUCUGGUCCAGAGCCCGAACCAAAACCACCUGUACCCAGGUACCGGGCCAAUUCUUGACCCCAUGCUCACCAUCAGACUGGAGAAAGACGACGGAUGUGAUUCCCAGUGUUGAAAACAACUGGACUGUAUGUGAAUGAUAUCAUUUUAUUAGAAUGCUUUGUUCAAAAAAAGCAAUUUAAAGGGUGUCAAAACUCCCUGAAAUACAUGAUCAACAGCAGUGUUCAGCAUGAUGAGAAUCUACAUAGAAGAGACACUGCAGCUCCUGUUGCUGAUGACUGAUCUAAUUAACUGAUCAGCAUGCACCUUUGCUAAACUUCCUUGUCGGCUGCCACUGGCAGAAGGAAAUUGUGAAAACUUCACCAUCGCUGGGGAGAGUAGAUGAAAGAACUUUAAUUGCCAAUUGUGAAGGCUGAUGAGGGCCUGAUAACAACAUUACAUUGCCACUUUUUUUGAUGAACUUAAGAGCCCACUGGCUUCUACAGCUGCACCCCAACUUGGUAGCCUGGACAUGAAGACUGCCUAACAAACUGUGGACAAAACAUAUGUACAUGCAGCGUUGAAACAGCAUAUUUUCUUCUUCUACAAAGCAGGAAAUGUCUGUCUGCUCUGCUCUGAUCUGCAGCUUGGACACUGCCUGCCUCCAAAUACUCUGUCCGACAGAGAAGGGAUUUACACAGAGGUACAGGGAGAUAGAAGUGUGUGCUGCAUAAAGAAAGAAGUCUAUUUCUCUGGGUCUGAAUGAAGCUGCUGUUUAUUUGUCCACUAGCCUUUGAGAGACCGAGAGCGAGAGAGACAGAUUAAGAACAGAGAAGGAAGAGGUGUGGGGAGAAUUAGUGCUGCCGUCCAGCCGUGAUAGAUAGACGGCUGCACAUCCAGUGUGGGUGGCUCCUUUGGUCUGUGAACGGGGAAUCAGUGUUGUGCUGUUCUCUGUCUGGUUUACACUGGGGGGGGGGGGGGGGAAUAGGAUGAGACAGCUUACAUUGCAUCCUGCAGACCUAGAAACAAAACACUGUCUCGGCAUCAUAACACACAAAGGCUCAAAAGUCUCAUACACAUAUGCACGGACACUUAAAAACUUUUCAGCGGCUAAUAAUUGAGUCUGGCGUGUUACCCCGAGUGCAUUCUUCAAAACAUGCUGAUAUGCCUUUCUUAAAAAUGUGCUUUAAAACUCUUACCUCUUCGCCUCCAGAACGAGGUGGUGCCUCAGUGUCAAAUCGGAGUAUGAAUGGACUCUAUACAGUUUUGCCUUGAUCAUAUAAAUAAUCUAAUGCCUGUCUGUUAAUGUUCAAAUCAAACAUCGUUGUAUGUCCUGCACACACACAGACCAGAUGAAUGAAACAAAUCAAAAAUCAUAUGUGUUGAGUAUCUAAAGACGCAGUCUUACUUUUCUUUCAAGUCUGUGCAAGUUUAAAUAUUUUCUGUUAGAUCUUUUUUGCGUGUCAUCCUAUGACAAAUCAAUAAUUUGUGAAAAUCAGAAUGUUUUGCAUAUUAGCCUGGUGACCUGACAAUGUGGUCCACUUGGCUGCUCAGUUUGGCUUCUAUUCAACAGGUGAGAUCAAAUAAAUGCUGUGGGAAAGAGCUGCUUACUCAUGAAGGAUUUUAGAAAAAAAACACUGAUCCAGGAUCACCAGUCAUUUAUUUGUAUCAUUUCAUUCCCUAUGAAAUGUCAAAUAAGACGGAUUCCAGUGCAGCACUACCGUCACGCAGAUGUUUUCUUAAUCAUCUGUCUCACCUUACGUGUGUUUUUAUAUUACGCAGAUGGGUUUACGAUGCGAUUACGAUGUUUUGCAAUGUUGAGAGUAAUAAUAGCACCUUUCUGCUUCUCGAUGAUGAUUUAUUGAAGUAUUUGAUGAUUUGUUACAAUUUCUUACAUUUACUGUGAAUCUUAAUAGAAUCUGUACGUUGAGUACUCUACUGGUUUUGAAUUAAAUAGAACUUCUUUCUUUGCAAUUACUUGUAACAGGAUGCCUACAUGUGCUUCUGAUGUAUAAUAGUUAUACAAUGUUCAUUUUUUUUCUACUCGCUGACUAUUGUUUUAAUGCAACAGUUAUGUUGAUUGUGUUCACUGAGAUGAUCUUAACAACGUUACUUAGGUUGAAGCCAUUUUGCAACAAAAAAUGUUUGUCCCUCAUUUAAAGCGUCCAGCUUCAAGCUUAAAUCACAUAGAGGUUCAAAAUGGAUGCAAAUCAACAUGUUAUGGGAUAUUGAUUCAGAUGAUGUUAAAAAAAAGUGUCAUUUAAUUUGCUUGGUUUUGGUUUGAAAAGCCCAGUAUCAACUUCUAGUCAGAUCCACGCCUGUGAAACUGGGCGCACCACUGUGGUGCUUAUUUCCUGGGAUUCUCAGCAGCUCACCAUUUUAUGUUGUGUGCUACCACAACCCCCCCCCCCCCCUGCACCAUUUUGUUCAUGCUCAAAUCCCCCAGCCUUUUUUAUCAAAACCCGCCUGUUCCUAUUCUACUCCUUCCCUUCGUUGCAAAUCCUCCCAGUAAAAAAAAACUGGAGAGAAAAUGAGAGGCAGAAAAGGAGGAGAGCAACAUCUCUGAGGAGCAGGGCCCAUUAAGCGAGCCCCCUUUCCCUCCAAAGAAUGCGCCCAGAGAUGGAGGAAGAUGAAAGAAGUUUUGGAAAAAAAAAAAACUGCUCUCUAUACUUUCUAAAGAUAGAUUUUUCUUUUGCUCCGAGAGGAAGGCUGACAGGGAGGCAGGUUGCAGUUUGGAUUGAAGGAGGGAAAGACUUGAAGGAGGAGGGCAGGUUGUUUCAAACACAAAAGCAGAUGAAAGAAGUCUUUUGGCAGAAUGGACAGUGUGAUGGAGACACACAUUCAACUCACUGCGCGCACACAAUCUAACAAACACAAACCUGCAGCUCUCCAUAUUGACUUGUUCCAUCAAAUUGUGUCUCGUAAAAUGUGGUUUUGUGCUUGAGUCAACAAGUAUUUUCGUUAUAUUAUGCUUUCAUAUCCCUCUCCCUUCCAUUUCAAUCGACUUGUGCAUGAUUUACACAUCACAUGACUCACUGUAGCGGCCCUGCGCUGUAACCCAAUCAAUGUAGGUCCGAAAUUCAAACAGAGAAAUGAUAUAUGACUGUAUUUAUGUUGUGCUACCCGUGCACUUUUUCUCUUUCAUUUUCUCUCUCUCUCUCUUUCCGUCAAACUUUUUGCAAGACUUGGAAAAUGUGCUGGCGUCUCUUCACGCAGCGCUUUUAAAUCAACCUCCCCUCACCUCGCUCUCCUUUCUCCAUCACAGACUACUUUGAAGCCCUUUAAUAUUUCUAAUUAGUUAAUGGAGCUUAUUGCAUUCAUAAAACCCUGCGGUAAGCAUUUCUAGCCCUCAGGCCUUUCUUUUUUUUUCUGCCCUCCUCCUCUGCUCCUGGAGAAAUAUUACGAGUGAAAGCACUCUAACAGGUCCUCGGGCCCCCACUGGAACAGCGUAUGGUGCCAAAGAGCCAUCCAUGUCUUUUCCUGAAUUAAAAAAGCCCUCUUUUUAUUCCUCUCUUUGCUAAUUGGAGAGUGGAGAUAAAAUGGGGCUACAGGGAGUUUUAAUCUCCUUUCAGAUCCGCGUGAUGAUUCUUCUCAGGAUCCGAGCCUUCGGGCUUUAAGCCAGGAUCAUUAGAAAGUGUUCAACAGUCGUCCAAAGAGUGUCCGAGCAUCUGUCUUUUCUUUAUCCUGCUUCUUUUGCUUUUCUCCCGUUGAGUUAAUGUUUCGUUGACUGUGAGAAAGGAUAAGUUAGAGCCCUGAGGGUCUGUUGUGAGACCGUACAUGUACCAGAAGACUGAUUAGAUGCUUCCAUGUGCAUGUACUACACUAAGUGCAGUCUUAUAUGGCGAGUGCAUUUCAGUAAGAGUUCCAGAAGAUAAUGUAAUUUACAGCGUGACUACUGGGAUUAGCCAUAUCCAGCUAAGCAGGUGUUUGAGGGCAAACUGCCCAUUCUGCACAGUAACAGCAUUUUUUUUAAUAUAUAUAAUAACAUGACAGCAUUGUUUUAUUUAGUUGGGUGGUUCAGACAAACAUUUGAAGACAUGUUGAAGUUUUCUAGGCGUGUGCUCCUUUGUUCUCAUUUCUCCCCUUUCGCCCUCAAUUUCGGUGAUGUGAAAUCUCACAUUUUAGGGGUAAAGUGCGAUUUAUUUUGUAAAACCUACCUUGAUGAUGUCAUUUUUAAUCAAAUGAAUCGAUUAUGUUAUUGUUCUUUGAUUUCUUGUUCAAAUAAUUGAGUUUUUUUUACUGAUCAGAAACCUUUCUUCAUGUAAAUCUGUUGGAUGCAGCACAGACUGGCCUUUCUGGAACAUGGCCUCAGCAAGGGAUGAACUUCAACUAGUUUUAAAUUCAAACUGUGACUAGUUUAGACUCGAGCUCAACAAAACCAGCCUUGAAGUGGUAAACCGCUUAAAUGUUCAUCCCUGGCUUCAGCCACCUCAUUGAUGUAUUUCCUCUCUGCCUCUGUGAAAGAAAGACCUCAACUUUAUGAUUGUCUGUUUGACUUGCGCUGGAUUUUACGGUUGUGCACUUAAAGCAAAUUAAAUAUUGAACUCCGGAGAAACAUACAAAACCCCGAGGCACACAUGCUCAAUCCAAUAAUCAAAUUCCCAACAACCAUCAACAUCGGAGAAUGAAUACGCUCCAUUCAGCGUAGGGUUUAUUGGUUGCUGUAAUUUAUUUUGUUUAUUCUCUAAUUGGGUUUGGAAGCCAGCUUUGGGUCAAUUUUAAACAAUUAAAGAUUUCAUUGAUUCACUUUUUUAACUUCAAGGAAGUUACCUCAUAUUUAAUACAUGAGCAGAUAUCUUCAUUUCACAGAUAGCAGGUGUCAUUUAAAAGUAUUCACCUCUUAUCAUUUACAGAUGGGAGAGUAUUGGAAGUUCGUAAAGGCUGUUUGUAGAAGACGUAAGUCUGGAUGCCACAUGUUAAAAUUGUCUCAUAGAAAAAAUUGACCUUAUCUAACUGAGGAAAUGAGGCUCCGUAUCUUUUUUUCACAUCAACUAAAUUAGUUUUUCACCUCAUGUCCUUUAAAUAUCUAUUACGGUUUCACUCCAUAAUACAUUUUUGGUUGCUUUGCCACAGCAAUAAAUGAUUAUCAGCUGCUCAGAUAUUGCUCUUUUUUUUCUGAGGAUUGUAAUAAUUUGCCUUGAAUAAAAACUGAAUUGCAGCAGAGUUGAGCUUCCAGACCCUUUAAAGCCUUGCACUUCGGCCUGCCUCCGAAAUAGAAUGUGGUAUUUUAGCUUGUUGAAUUUCAUGGUCUUGGAAUAAAAAGAAAAUAUAUUGUGGGGAAUGUGAAGGUAAUAAAAGUGAUAUUUUUCUAUGAAA